AUGGCAGACAGCAGAGGAAGGAAUGUGUCUAUUGAUGCUUUGACUUCAAAGCUUGAAUCCAAGAUAUACUACCAUAGGGAUGCCACUGUCGAGUACCUGGAUAUCAAGACUAUGGUUGAUAAAGUUGUACAAGAAAAGAAUAAGCUCUUGGCUGAGAACACCGAAUUCCUGAAUACUAUUGAUAAGAUCGUGGAAGAAAAGGAAAAACUCCAGCAUGAUCAUGAUGUGAUUAAUGAGCUGGUGGCACCAAUGGCGGAGCAGCUUGAAAUGGUAAAGAAGGAGCUUGAAGAAGUAAAACAUGAGCAUGUGGCAGCAAAGGAGGAGCUUGCUGUGGCAAAAGAGCAACUUGCUCAGAAGAACAAAGAGCUGAAGGUUCUAAGGAAGAAGCUUCAGGAGAGUGAAGCCAUGCACACUCAACAUGAGCAACAAAUUGGAAGUGCUUCUAAGCCUGCUCGUUCCAAAAUGCAGGUAACAAGAUUAUCACAUAAACGGGCUAUCCUGCUCCAAGGAUCAUCGGACAAUGACACAGACAGACAUCGUUGUAAAAAACAGAGGUCCUAUCCGCAGGUGCCAAAUAACCCAACCGCUGGCCAGCAUUCAGGCAGAGAUGACGAUCAGGAGGUUGUCAGACAAAAGCUGAUCAAGGGGUUCUCUGAAAUUGAUGCUGGACAGUCAAUUGGGAUAAAGAAAAUGGGGAAAUUAAAUGAGAAGCCAUUCCGGGAUGCUUGUGCUGUCAAGCUGGCUCCUAAAUAUGCUGGUGCGAAAUCUUCUGAACUGUACGCACUGUGGCAGGAACUACUCGAUAGUCCAAAUUGGAAACCCUUCAAGUCUGUUAUAGUUGAUGGCAAUCAUCAGGAGGAGGUCAUAGAUGUUGAUGAUGAUAAGUUGCAAGGACUGAAGAUGGCAUGGGGAGAAGGCCCCUACAAUGCUGUCGUUAGUGCAUUGGUUGAGAGGAAAGAGUACAACACUGAUGGAACAGGUGAUGCCUUCGAUCUAUGGAACUAUAAGGAAGGGAGGAAGGCCACUCUUGGGGAGUGUGUUGACUGUAUCUUGGACAAUGUAAAGAAACUCAAGCGGGUCCAUCUGACAUACAGGUCGAGGAGAACAAUGUGUACUGCCACUGCGAGCAUGCAUGACCCAGUGAAAGAUCUGUCGGCAGCAAGUAAUGAAUGGAGUCAUCAGAUGUCCAACACUAGCAAGCAUGGAGGGAAGUCAUGA